GGGUGGGGGUUGGAGAGGAAAUCGGCAUAAGGAGGUUUAUUGCUCUGCCCCGCCUCCUAUCCGGAGGAGACGGAGGAAGUGGGAACAGUGAAGGUGGCUGGCAGCGGCUGCGGUUCUUCCCAGUUAGGUGGAAGACUGAGAUCGGCUUCUAGGCCAAGCGUUGUCCCGAUCAGGGAAAAGCCCUUCUCUUACCCUCCCCUGCCCUGCAUAUGGAUGAAAAUAGACGUUUUCUACAGCCUCAAAGUUGUCGAACACCAAGGAUAAAACAGCCUGUACCUGAAGUGAUGCCUGCAAUCUUUGAUGCUAAUUAAGUAGUGUUGUGGAAGGUUUUGAAGACAGUCUCCUGCCAUCCUGCAGUUUGGCACAAGUACUUUCCACCAGUUUUGCAAUACGCUACCCAAAAUACUCCACCCAUUUUUUUCUACCCGCAACUACUGAUCUCUGUGUAGCAGGCCAGCGAUGUACUUUCUCUGGUAGCAUAUUUGAGAACUUUCCAUGUGCUCAUCUGUAGUUGUUAUGAACAGGAAACUACUAGCAAGCAUGUGAUUUUUAGGUUACUAGAGCUGGAAUAAUAAACUUGGAGAAACUGCUCAUUACCAUUCCUUGUGAGCUUGGAGUAUUUUAUAGAGCAUCAAGAGAACUGAGGUGAAAAACUGUAUCCUUGUCUGUUCCUUUGCUGGAAGUGCCAGUGUUGUCACAUGGUAUAAUAGUCACAAUUGUGUGCCUUUUAUCCUUUUGGACCAUACUGAAAAAGACCAUUUGUAAGAGUCAAACAGUUAUUCAUUCUUUGAGGCCUUAGAAUUUUGUUGGCUUUUUUGCAUUUGAGCUAUUUAUAAAAGGCAAUAUGUCCUUCUUUAACUUUCGUAAAAUUUUCAAACUGGGAGGUGAAAAGAAGAAGAAGCAGUAUGAGCAUGUCAAGCGGGACUUGAAUCCGGAGGACUAUUGGGAAAUUAUAGGAGAACUGGGUGAUGGUGCUUUUGGGAAAGUGUUUAAGGCUCAGAACAAAGAAACAAAAGUACUUGCAGCUGCAAAGGUGAUUGAUACCAAAUCUGAGGAAGAGCUUGAAGACUACAUGGUUGAAAUUGAUAUUCUGGCAUCCUGUGAUCAUUCUAAUAUCGUCAAACUUCUGGAUGCUUUUUAUUAUGAAAACAAUCUUUGGAUUCUCAUUGAAUUCUGUGCUGGUGGUGCAGUAGAUGCUGUAAUGUUGGAACUUGAGCGGCCACUCACCGAACCACAGAUAAGGGUAGUUUGCAGGCAGACCCUGGAGGCUCUGCACUAUCUGCAUGAAAAUAAGAUCAUUCACCGAGAUCUAAAAGCUGGCAAUAUUCUUUUCACAUUAGAGGGAGACAUUAAACUUGCGGAUUUUGGAGUGUCUGCUAAAAAUACAAGGACAAUACAAAGACGAGAUUCUUUCAUCGGUACUCCAUAUUGGAUGGCGCCUGAAGUGGUAAUGUGUGAAACAUCCAAAGACAGACCAUAUGAUUACAAAGCUGAUGUUUGGUCUCUAGGCAUCACUUUGAUAGAAAUGGCUGAAAUAGAACCACCUCAUCAUGAACUAAAUCCAAUGCGUGUUCUGCUGAAAAUAGCAAAGUCUGAGCCACCUUCAUUGGCACAGCCUUCAAAAUGGUCUGCUGACUUUAAAGACUUCUUAAAGAAGUGUUUGGAAAAGAACGUAGAUGCCAGGUGGAGCACUGCUGAUCUUCUGCAGCACCCAUUUGUUACUGUAACUUCCAAUAAACCAGUCAGAGAAUUGAUUGCUGAAGCAAAGGCUGAAGUCACAGAAGAAGUAGAGGAUGGAAAAGAUGAAGAUGAAGAGGAAGAAUCUGAAAAUUCUCUUCAGUUGCCUGCAAAUAAGCGAGCCUCUUCUGACCUCAGCAUUGCUAGUUCAGAAGAAGAUAAACUUUCACAGAAUGCCUCUAUCCUGGAAUCUGUUUCGGAAAAAACUGAGCGUUCAUCCAGAGAUGAGUCUUCUAGCAAUGGACUUGAAGGUAAAAAGCUGGAUGUAGAGCCUGACAAGAUUGAAAAUGAGAAAAUAGCUGAACCAGGAAGUGACACCACACAGGCAGAAACUGAAAAGCUGCAGAAUGGAUCUAUGUUACUGCAUGAAGAUGAGGAAGUAAAGAAACUUGAUGUUGAAAAAAGUUCUCAAAAUGUAUUAUUAAAUGAAGAUACUGGAUCUGAGAAAGAAGAAGAAGAAAUUGGUAGAGUAGUAUCUGAAACUAAUAUUAUGCCCAGUGCAAAAGCAGAGAAAGAAAAUCAAUCAACAACAGAAAGCAAACAAGAAAUAACACCUGACACUGAAGGCAUAACAGAAGUGAUUUCUAAGGAGACUGGUGUGAAAGAAGGAGGAGGAGGAAAUAGCAUAGAUCUUCAAGAAAAGAUAGCCAUAAAGGAAAAGUCUUCAGAAGGAAUUAAAGAGGGUAAGGAAUUGGAAGAAGAUAACAAAAGUGAAGAAAGUGGCCUGAAAGAAUUUGAAGGUGAGAAAAAUGAAGUGAUUGCUGGUACUGAAGAGUCGUGUGUGACAGGUACAGAUGAGUCAGUUGGUGAACUGCAGAAGCAAACAAAAGACGAUAUCAGUAGUUCUAAAGGGACAGGCAGUUGUACUGAAGCUUUGAUCAUGGGUGCAGAUAAAGUGCUUGGAAGUGCUGAAGAACCACCACAGAAAGUCACCUCUGAAACUGUUAUUAAAAAUGAGGAUGGGAUGAUGGAUUCUGAACAACAACUGACUGAGAAAUUUACUGAACACUCUAAUAAGACAAGUACCACAAAGGAAACAGAGGUUGGGAUUUCAGAAAGAAUGGAAAUCAUAGAAGAGAAGCCAGUGGAAAAUGACUCUAAGCUUGUGGAAGAAACAAGGAACACUGAGGAAAGCAACAUUGCACUUGAGGGUAAAACUGCAGAAUCUGAACAAAAAUGCAAAAUUGUAGCUGAAGAAAAUCACAACAAUAACAUUCAAGGAGGCACAGACCUUACAGUAGCUUCCUGUGAGUUAUCAAUUAAAAAUACACUUGAAAAUACUGUAGACAAACAGCCACAGGAACAUGAGUUGUCCCCAGUACCUAAUAUAAGCAUUAGCUGUGUAGAAAAUGUGACAGAAGAUAAAUUAGGCCAUCAAGAAAAUGUGGAAACCUCACAGCAUCUUUAUUCUGAAACUCCUAAAGAAAAUGAUGCAGAUUCAGGCAUGGGCUCCACAGCUGACAACAGCAGCAUUGAUCUGAAUUUGUCAAUUUCUAGCUUCCUCACUAAAAACAAGGAGAGUGGAUCAAUAUCUUUACAAGAAACUAAAAGACACAAGAAAACUUUAAAGAAAACUCGCAAAUUUGUUGUUGAUGGUGUAGAAGUAAGUGUGACAACUUCGAAAAUAGUCACUGACAAUGAUUCUAAAAGUGAAGAAUUACGAUAUCUUCGACGUCAAGAAUUAAGAGAGCUACGACUUCUCCAAAAAGAAGAGCAGCGAGCUCAGCAGCAGCUUAGUAACAAACUGUUACAACAACGGGAACAAAUGUUCAGACGCUUCGAACAGGAAAUGACUAGUAAGAAGCGGCAAUAUGACCAGGAAAUUGAAAAUCUAGAAAAACAGCAAAAACAAACAAUAGAACGCUUGGAACAGGAGCAUACAAAUCGCUUACGUGAUGAAGCAAAACGCAUCAAAGCUGAACAAGAGAAAGAAUUGUCCAAAUUUCAGAACAUGUUGAAAAACCGGAAAAAAGAGGAACAAGAGUUUGUACAGAAACAGCAACAAGAACUGGAUGCAUCUCUGAAGAAAAUAAUUCAUCAGCAAAAAGCAGAGCUAGCCACCAUUGAACGGGAUUGUCUAAAUAACAAGCAACAGCUCAUGAGAGCCCGUGAAGCUGCAAUAUGGGAGCUGGAAGAGCGACACUUGCAGGAAAAACACCAGCUGCUCAAACAGCAGCUGAAAGAUCAGUACUUCAUGCAAAGGCAUCAGCUGCUUAAACGGCAUGAAAAAGAAACAGAACAGAUGCUAAGAUACAACCAGCGGCUUAUUGAGGAGUUAAAAAAUAAACACACACAAGAAAGAGUUCGACUGCCUAAAAUCCAGCGCAGUGAAGCAAAAACUAGAAUGGCAAUGUUUAAAAAAAGCCUAAGAAUUAAUUCUUCAAGCACUCCAGAACAGGAUCGUGAAAAGAUUAAGCAGUUUGCUAUUCAAGAAGAUAAGAGACAAAAAAAUGAAAGACUGGCUCAGCAUCAGAAGCAUGAAAAUCAAAUGCGAGAUCUUCAACUACAGUGUGAAGCCAACAUUAGAGAACUGCACCAGCUACAGAAUGAGAAAUGCCAUCUACUGGUUGAACACGAGACUCAGAAACUAAAAGAACUGGAUGAGGAACAUAGCCAAGAACUGAAAGAAUGGAGAGAGAAACUGAGACCAAGAAAAAAGACUUUAGAAGAGGAAUUUGCUCGAAAGCUUCAAGAACAGGAGGUUUUCUUUAAAAUGUCUGGAGAAUCUGAAUGCCUUAAUCCAUCAACACAAAGCCGGAUUUCUAAAUUCUACCCAAUUCCUAGCUCUAUGCACUCCACUGGAUCAUAAAUCUUAAACCUCUGUGAGGUGGUUUUGAGUGUACUUUAACAUUUUCAAUUAACCAUCUUCAGCUUCUGGAAGAAUAAAAUCUACAGCCUGUAUCGAAGAACCUCAGAGGAGCUUCAUCCACUUUAGUGGAGACAAUCAAUGAUUCCAGAAUUUUUCCCCUAUUGUUUUCAUACUGGGAAACAGUUUAAAAUAGAAGCACAGAUGUCUUGGAAUCUGCUAUGAUGUCUUUUGUGCAUUUCAAGACUAGAUAGCCAUUUGAAAACAGGUCUGAAAAAAAUGUAACUAUGUUAUCACUUGAAAAGCAGCACUUAGCUAUUAGUGAUAAUCUGUCAUGCCCCAAUUCAAAGAUAGUACUAUAAUUUAAAUCAAACCUCUAUUGUGUUAAGCCCAUUACUUUGAGGAAAUGGGUUCAUCGCUUCACCUUUUCAGUGCCUGAAAUGAUUAAAAUUGCUCUUAUCACUAAAGAAACUUGCUAUUAUAUUACUGUAACAGAAAUUAUUGCUGUUGCCACAAUGGUUGUCAAAACCUUGCACUGAAAUCCCCUGUUCAGCAGUGUACUGUUUAUUCCCCCUUCCCUCUUUCUGGCUAUAGUGUUCUACAAACUGAUAUUAGAUUGCAGAAUUUAUUUCCCUUUUUUUAAGCAUGCCCCCCCCCUUUUCCCUCAGGCAAAACACACAUUACAGAUAUGCGGUUUGGGUGGUAUUUUCUCUUUACCUAAGUAGAAGUUUGAGACUCCAGAGCUGUAAUCGCCUGUGAAUGUCCCCAUACUUACAUGCCAGUUCAGUUAUCUGAUAGAAGAAGAUUUUUUUUAAUUUCAAAAUGUAUUUUGAUCUAUAGAACGGUUUUAAAUAAAUAAACAAUUUGAUCUGCUAUUUUGUUUUUCCAUGAAGUAACUGAACAUAAAUGGGUUUAUUUCUUAAAUUCAUAGUGGUAUUAUAACUUAUUUUCGGUGGGGGUAUGGCAAUAUUUAUGUUAGCAAGAGUUGUGCUUGAAUUCAACCAAAUUUAAUCUUUGAAGGCUUCAAACUUGAGUCAUAUCAAGAAGCAGUAUUGUAAACUGUUCUUUUGGUAUGCCAGUCUUAGGCUUGUAAUAUAAAUGUUGGUUGCUUCUUGUCUUCUGCAGCCUAAUCUUUUAGUAGAUAACUUUGAAUACUCAACUGUAAGUUUUCACAUUUUACUAUCUUUCUUUAAAUGUGAGAAGCGUCACUUUCUUAGGAGUUUUAUAUUAUGUCAACAGCAUUCCUGCAUGUGAAGGAAGCAGAUUAUAAAAUUGCAUAGUACUUUAAUGAAUUGUGACCAAUACUUUGAUUACAGAAUUCAGAUAUUGAGCUUGAACUUGUCUGAUUGUGACAGUGUAGUAUGUUUAGUUUGAAGAUGCAUGUUUUCAGUUAAAAUCUGUUCUUUCCAAAUUUACUUUUAGCAAAUAUAAUUAGGUUUAAUACCUUGCAUUUUAUUUUAUAAAUAUGUAUUGUGUAUCAGGUUGUGCAUUCAUAUAUACUUCACUAGAAUGUUGCAUUUUUCUGUAUACAAAGUUAUUAAAUUUGUUUAUUCUGAAUUGCUUAGAGUGAAAAAGUAUUCAAAAGCCUUUACUUUUUUAAGCUUCACCUUUAUUAAAUAACUAGUAUUAACUAUAACAUUAAAAUUGUUUAUCUGUUUAAUCAA